AUGGCGCCCAACGACAAAGCGGGCAGGGUGGUUUUCAUCGGCAACAUUCCCUACGGCGGAACUGAAGAGCUCAUCAUCGAAACCCUCGGUCGCGUCGGGCAGGUCCUUAACUUCCGCCUGGUAUACGACAAGGAAACAGGGCGUCCCAAGGGCUUUGGCUUCGCAGAGUUCGCUGACGCAGAUGCCGCAGCCUCAGCGGUGCGCAACCUUAACGACUACGAUUUGAUGGGGAGGAAGUUGAGGGUUGACUGGUCCAACGAGAGCGGCUCCGGCGACAACGCGCCUUCGAAUCGCGACCAAAAUGCGCAACCGACCAUGGGCAUGAACGGCCAACAGCCAGCAGGACCAGCGCCGGCACAAUCGUCGAGCACACUAGGUCCCCUCCCACCGGGCGUCGAGCUGCCGCCCAACCUCACCUGCCCCGAUGCCAUUUCGCGCACACUAUCUACACUGCCUCCGGACCAGCUCCUCGACAUCCUCUCCCAGAUGAAAGGCCUCGUCAUGACGGAUCCCGCCAAGGCAACAGAGUUGCUGCGACAGGCGCCUCAGCUGGCUUAUGCCAUUUUCCAGUCGCUGCUGCUCCUUCAGCUGGUUGACCCACAAAUCCUGACCUCGCUUGUGGAGACAUCGGCGGCGCCUGCCCCAGUUGCGCAGGCUCCACCUGUUCAGCAAGUCCAGCAACCACCACCACAAGUUGCGCGACCACCUGUGAACUACCCCGGAUACCCCCCGCAAGUCGCACCUACACCUUCCCAACCCCAGCCUCCCGUCCCACAGGCGUACGCGCAGCCUCCACAGCAACAACAAGCACCUCCCAUGGAGCAACAAGCGUUAUACGCCCAAGUCAUGGCUCUGUCCCAGCAGCAGAUUGACCAGUUGCAACCAGAAUACCGCGCGCAGAUUCUGCAAAUACGACAGAUGUUAAUGGCUGGCGGACGGCCCUAG